UGCAACUCGCGGUCAGCAUGGCGCACUAUAACUUCAAGAAGAUUACGGUGGUGCCGUCCGCCAAGGACUUCAUUGACCUGACAUUAUCGAAGACUCAGCGAAAGACUCCAACAGUGAUUCAUAAACAUUACCAAAUUCAUCGCAUUAGACAUUUUUAUAUGAGAAAAGUCAAAUUUACUCAGCAGAAUUACCAUGACAGACUCUCACAGAUUGUAACAGAUUUUCCCAAAUUGGAUGAUAUCCAUCCAUUUUAUGCAGAUUUGAUGAAUAUUCUCUAUGACAAGGAUCAUUACAAGUUGGCUCUAGGACAGAUUAAUAUAGCCAAAAAUCUAGUGGACAAUGUUGCUAAAGAUUACGUACGGCUUAUGAAAUACGGCGAUUCUCUCUACCGCUGUAAGCAGCUGAAGCGUGCUGCCCUCGGGCGCAUGUGCACCAUUAUCAAGCGACAGAGGCAGAGUUUGGAGUAUUUGGAACAAGUGCGUCAACAUUUAUCCCGUUUGCCAACCAUUGACCCAAAUACAAGGACUCUGCUUUUCUGUGGGUACCCAAAUGUUGGGAAAUCCAGCUUCAUCAAUAAGGUGACAAGAGCAGAUGUGGAUGUUCAGCCCUAUGCAUUUACCACCAAGUCUCUGUUUGUUGGGCACAUGGAUUAUAAGUAUCUGCGUUGGCAGGUUGUAGAUACUCCAGGGAUCUUGGAUCAUCCUUUGGAGGAUCGGAACACCAUCGAGAUGCAGGCUAUCACAGCCCUGGCCCACCUUCGAGCUGCGGUUCUAUAUGUCAUGGACUUGUCUGAACAGUGUGGACACGGGCUGAAAGAACAAUUAUAACUCUUCCAGAAUAUCAGACCUCUCUUUAUCAAUAAGCCUCUUAUAAUUGUAGCAAACAAAUGUGAUGUGAAACGCAUAGCUGAACUUCCUGAAGAUGAUCAGAAAAUAUUUGUAGACCUGCAGGCCAAAGGAUUCCCUGUAAUAAAGACCAGCACCCUGACUGAGGAAGGUGUUAUUAAAGUUAAAACAGAGGCUUGUGAUAGGCUUUUGGCUCACCGAGUGGAAAAAAUGAAAGGAAAUAAAGUGAAUGAGGUGCUGAACAGAUUGCAUUUAGCUGUACCAAACAAGAUAGAUGAUAAGGAGAGGCCCCCUUUCAUCCCAGAAGGAGUAGUGGCACGCAGGAAGAGAAUGGAAAUUGGGGAGCCCAGGAAAAAAAGGGAACGAGAUCUUGAACUGGAAAUGGGAGAUGAUUAUAUUUUGGAUCUUCAAAAAUACUGGGAUUUAAUGAAUUCAUCUGAAAAAUAUGAUAAGAUACCAGAGAUCUGGGAAGGCCAUAAUGUAGCUGAUUAUAUUGAUCCUGCCAAGAUGAAGAAAUUGGAAGAAUUAGAAAAAGAAGAAGAGCUAAGAACAACUGCUGGGGAAUAUGAUAGUGAAUCUGAAAGUGAAGAUGAGGAAAUGGUGGAAAUCAGACAGCUGGCAAAACAAAUUAGAGAGAAAAAGAAGUUGAAAAUCCUACAAUCCAAGGAAAAGGAUACACAGGGACCCAGGAUGCCUCGAACUGCUAAGAAGGUUCAGCGGACAGAUUUGGAGAAUGAGAUGCGUAGCCUUGGUGUUGACAUGGACGAUAAAGACAACGCCCACUAUGCAGUCCAGGCAAGAAGAUCUCGGAGUGUUACUAGGAAGAGAAAGCGGGAAGAAUCUGUUCCUCCCUCUUCUAUAGCCCGGAGUCGGAGUUGCUCUCGAACUCCACGUGAUGUUUCUGGGCUCCGGGAUGUCAAGAUGGUGAAGAAAGCCAAGACCAUGAUGAAGAAUGCUCAGAAGAAGAUGAAUCGCUUGGGGAAGAAAGGGGAGGCGGAUAGGCAUGUGUUUGAUAUGAAACCUAAGCACUUACUCUCUGGAAAGAGGAAAGCUGGUAAAAAGGACAGGAGAUAGCAUCCUUUUCAGUUGAUGUGGUUUGGCUAGAAUGCUGCUGUUUAUUUCUUGGUUUAGGAUGGGU